GACCAGUCACAAUAAUCCAAGUGGGGACGUUACGCCGGCCUCCAAACAAUCCAAGCACACUUUGAAGGCCUCUUUAUGCUCCCAAGAGAAUCGAUCAUUUCAUUCACAUUUAUCAUUUGCCGCUUUCAACAUUUCAACGAAUUUUGAUCAGUGUUUUUGAAAUUUGAACAUUUCAGAGUGCAAUUCAAGUGAUAUGGAAUGUUUGCAGCUCGACCUCAACAGUUGAUGGUAACAUUUCUUGGAUCAGUGUGUAGUUUUCGCUUGAAGAAAAUGCGCUUUGGAGUUUGAGGAACUGAGCAAAAAAUCCAAGCUGACUGUGAAUAAUUAACUCACCCAAAGAAAAGCCACUAGAAAAUGUCGACUGCCAUCCUGCAGAGCCACGUAUCCACCAUCCUGCCGAAGGAAGUGGCCACAUUAUCGAAAAAUCCCUCCAAAAUGGAGGAAAAGCCCCACUUCAACCGCUCCUGCAGCAUUGACACCAUCAAGCAAAUAAACACGCUAAUUUGUUCGCCCGAAUCCUAUUUCCUGCCAGCCAUCAUUACCACUUGGCUGAAAACUGGACAGAACAGUCUGCAUUCAUCCACAGAAAAGACGAUUUUCAUGUUUCGAUCGUUAAUUUUCGGCUCGGUGCUUUUCAAGUUCUUGUUAAAAGGGGCCAAGUCGGGCGAUUCGAGCGGCCAAACAUGUAAACUGGACCUUCAAACGGUGCUGUUGCAAAUCAUUGCCAAUUUGAAUGAGCGUCUUCUGAUUGCCAUUGAAACUGCUUGGGUGAUUUCCUUGGCGUUCUACCUGACUGUAGCUGUGAUGACAACGCAAUUGUCUGUAUGUUUGUUCUAUUUGUGCCAAAAUACUGUUCCUGUAGGUUUAGGGUUCUUAGUUUUAAGUGCCAGCUUCAUUACAGCGAUUGGUCACAAGCUAAACGCCUUCUACUUACGAAAGCGAGACUCCAAGCGAAAAAGCCAAUAGAGACUGAUUGGGUUUUCACCGAUUUACUUAAGGGAUGUGCUUUAAUGCUGAACUAAACAGUGAAUAAACUGCAUAGUUUUAGGGACUGUAGACUGUAUAUUUAGAGUUUAGGUUGUUGAUAUUGGCAAAAGAGUUCUAGUGUUUUUUCAUUCGGAAAAAACUGAUAUUUAGACUUGUGCAUAAGGCUGAAUGAAUAGGAGGUUAUAAUGUUAGUGAGUUUUUAGGCGCUUUUUUUGUACAAUACUAGUGAGUGCGCUAAGCACCAUGGAGUAGAACUGUUUUUCCAAAUUUUGGAUAUUUGUGUUGAAAAUGAAAAUAUAUUGUUUUGUUUUGUUA